AUGCCUCGACUAAAAUGGCCGCCACUUCCGGAUACAUCCAACUAUAAACUUGUCGACGUAGUGAACCUCCAUCGCGGGCACUGCAAGGCCAUGGCAUCGCACGCCAGAGACCACCCUAGGUUGGUUUUGCAAGCAUCAGAGGUUGGAGCUUUUGCCGAGAAAGUGGAAAAAACAAUGACUGAGCUGCUAGAAGCUUGCUAUACCGGCUGGGAAUCAGGCCUUGAAGCUUUCGGCGCGUGUGACGAAAUGGGGAAAUACAUUACAAACUAUUUGAAUUUGGAUUGGCCGCCUCAGAAUGAUACAGGCUCGAAUAAAGUCCCGGCAACCGCCACCAGCACUCCGGAUAGAGACCCUCUGAAUCACCCCAACAAUGAGAACCAGAUUCGCAUUCACUGGGAGAAAGACAAAGUCGCGCCCCCAUAUCGGGGUAUACAGGAUGCGUCCAUCAUACACGAAGUGCAACAUGCGGUCCUGCAAGCGCAGCGAUAUGUGCGGAUCUGCUCAGCCCAAGUACUUCCAUCAGGCGACCUUGAAAUACAUACGUCAAGCCGCAAGGAUACUGAUGCCCUGGUAGCGUACAGCAACGAGUGGAUAUCUCACCUCAGACUGGGGCGAUACGCCCGAAUUCUCAGGAAAUCCUGGUCCAUUUUGGUCCACGACGUCCCGGCAGAUUGGUUCACCAGCCAGGCCCUGAGCAGUGGAAUGGCUGCUCGACAGAUUAUGCUUCAGAAUCCACAAGUGCCGAAUGCUUACGUAUCCUACGUGGAUUGGUUGACCGGCAAUACUCUGCCACUGCCUCUCAAAAGUUCGCUGAUCGUCAGUUUUGACCGACCGGAACAUGCAAGUGCCUUCUUACAGGAAGGCACCCUAUAUCUGAAUUGUAUUCCAUUGAGAACGCAAAAGUUUGACGAGCAUUACCGUCUUUUUCAGUGCCCCAAUUGUCAGAUGUUCGGGCACUCCCGGCGCAACUGCAACUCUUCCAGACGUUGUCCUUAUUGUGGGGACAGUCACAAACCGGUAAAGUGUCGGAACACAGCCAACCUCUUUUGCGCCAAUUGUCAAGGUCCACACGCCUCCCAAGAUACGUCCUGCAGAGCGCUGAGGCUUGCCCACGAUAGGAUCAAGUUCUUACAGAAGCACAUGGCCAGCCCUUAUCCAAAGCCGGCCGUAAAACCAGCUACAGUGCCCUCAGCCGGAGAGCAGGCUACGCCGAAACCCAAUGAGCGAAUUCUGCCGCCUGACUCAAACGUGCCUAUUAACGCAAAUUGCAACAUUAGCACAGAAAGACCCAGAAAACGAAAGAAGUGCAACUGCGGCAAGGCUGCUAAUGCCGACCUACCUGUCAGCACGUCCUUGCCUGUCGAUUCUAAGAAACCCCCUGUUACCCCUCCACAGCAAACCGCGGGCAUACAGGCCACCCUCAGAAGCCCACUGGGCACGUUGAAUCAGCAGACGAUGAACAAACCCCAAGCCUUAGACCCUACCAAAUACCCUCCAGGGUCAGAGUAUCCCUUUGAGGACGACUAUCCAUCAGAACCAGAACAUUCAGAAACUGAAUCGGAGCCGUGUAUCUACAACUGGGAUCCUGCGCAGCAGUCAUCUGCGUCUGAUGCCGAGCCAGCCGCUGAGCCUUCACCUCGCACUCCACGACAACAGGAACAAACCAACUAA